UUCCCAAGAUCUGUUAUUUAGAAAUCGCAUCAUGCAAGUUCUUAGUUACAUUUCUUUCGUUGUAACAUUCUGUUCUCUGCUCCUAAACCCUAGCCAUGGUCUCAAUCUCAAAUUAUUUAAUAUAUCCAAAUUUCAGAAAGAUGAUCAAUGGAAUGUAGCAGCAGCUACAUGGUACGGAGAACCAGAGGGUGCUGGAUCUGAUGGGGGUGCUUGUGGAUAUGCUGACAGUGUGCAGAAACCUCCACUCUCUAAAAUGAUAUCAGCUGGAGGCUCUUCUCUCUUUAGGGGAGGCAGAGGAUGUGGAGCUUGUUAUCAGGUGAAAUGCAGAGAAAGCACAGCUUGUUCAGGAAAUCCAGUGAGUUUGAUGAUAACUGAUGAAUGCCCUGGCUGUCACUCAGCAUCAGUCCAUUUUGAUCUGAGUGGCACUGUAUUUGGUUCCAUGGCAACUCCAGGCAAAGAAAAUAGUCUUCGUAACGUUGGACAACUUCAAAUUCUAUACAGAAGGGUUGCAUGCUCCUUUGGGAACUCCAUAGCCUUUAGCGUGGACAAAGGAGCCAACCCAUACUAUUUUGCAACUGCAAUAGAAUAUGAAAAUGGGGAUGGUGACCUUGUGGAGGUUCAGCUGAAGCAAGCUAAUUCUGACACGUGGCUUCCGAUGCAACGUUCAUGGGGUUCAAGGUGGUCUUUGAACUUUGGUUCAAGGAUGCAACCACCGUUCUCCAUUAAGCUCACUGAAGAUGGCAACAAUAAAAGGAACACCAUUGUGGCUGAAAAUGUUAUUCCAUCUGGCUGGAAAGCUGGCCUUGUUUAUCGAUCUGUUGUUAAUUUUUAA